ACUAAGCAGGCACUCAAAUGACGGCGGCCAGCACCCGACUCGAACUCUAAAAGUCUAAAACAACGUCAACACCAGAGCUCAGUGUGGGAUUCUAACCUGGAUUUUAUGAACUCGAAAUGGCGCAGUGACAUCUCUUAGCUCAACUUUCGCCCUCCUGUCAAGUGAUCCGCAUUCAUACCAUGAAUUUGUCACGGUCAAAUCGACUUGGUUUCCGCUUCCAUCGCAUCGCUCAGCUCUCAUCUGCUAUUGGAUUAAUGUCCAGGAAAUGUGCCGGCGUCCCUCUCAACUACGGAUUAUCCCCUGCGCUCCUGCUGACGGACGAGACGCCAAUAAGAAGGUGUCUAUGCGUAAGCAAACGAAUAUCUGAGAUUGAUCCUACACAUCACUGCUGCCUUUCUUCAGAAUCGAUUAUGAUGUUGCCCGUACAUUAUGUUCAGGGGAAGUUUACCCAUCUGGAAUUACCUAAUGACCUGCCCGAUAACUUGGCUGCAAUUCGACAAAUGCAGCAGAACGAUCGCGCAUUGAUGGACAAGGUCACUAGAGCGUUUGUUUCUUACAAACACUUUUACGUCAAACACGAAUGUUCCGUUCUACUUGAGUUAAAGGUACCUAAUUUACGGUGCGCCUUGAUUUUAUUACUUUUCGAUACCUCUUAUUGA